AUGGCAAGACAGUGGAUACUCAACGACCAGCAGGGCUUUGAGACCUCGCUCAAGUAUGAGACAAAUGUGCCCAUUCCAUCGCAAGAUGAGCUCGGCCCCAAUGAUGUUCUAGUGAAACUCAAUGCAGCCAGUCUCAACUAUCGAGACCUCGUCAUUGCUGCAUCAGCUCAAUUUGGCCCCAUCACCCCACCUAUGGUCCCUCUCUGUGACGGAGCGGGCUUAGUCGAAGCCAUUGGAUGUUCUGUCAAAGACUACAAGCCUGGUGAUCGAGUCGUCACUUUUCCUGCACCAAACGUGGUGGUGGAGAGAGGAAGCGAUGCUGAUGUCAAUAUGUCUGAUGUGCCAACCAUGCUCGGUCUGGGUACCAAAGGAACGCUUCGAACCCAUGGAGUAUUCUCGGAAGGGGCUCUUGUUCAUGCGCCGGAGUCUGUUGACUGGCUUCAAGCUGCUACUCUCCCCGUCACCUACAUUACAGCUUGGAAUGCCCUCUCGGAACUAGGCAAAGACCAAGUUGGACCGCACACCUGGAUCUUGGUUCAGGGAACUGGAGGCGUCAGCGUGGCAAUGCUGCAACUAGCGUCGUCUCUCGGACUCACAGUCGUGGCGACUACUUCAUCUCAAGAGAAGGCAGAGAAGCUGAAAGGGCUUGGUGCAACUCAUGUUGUCAACUAUCGCGAAAAUCCUACUGGCUGGGGCAAAGAAGCGCGAUCUUUGACGCCUAAUGGAGCAGGCUUCGACAUGAUCGUCGACAUCGGCGGUAAUGAGACACUCAAGCAGUCACUCGAAGCAGUGCGCCCUUAUGGGUCUAUCCAAGUCGUUGGUGCUGUUGCGCAAGACACCCAGGCCGUUCCCAUGAUGGGGGCUCUCAUGUUCACGUGCACUAUUCGUGGGUUCCUCAUGGGUAGCCAGAAUCAGUACAAGGAGCUUGUGCGAUACAUUGAUGAGAAGAAGCUCAAACCUGUAUAUGAUAAUGCGGUCUUUGAGCUGGCAGAUGCUAAGGAGGCUUACAGGAAGCUGAAGGAGCAGAAGCACUUCGCUAAGGUCGUGAUCCGCAUCGACCAUGACUAG